UUUUUUUCAAAGUACAACCAUGAGCGAACGUCUUUACAGCAAAGGUCGAGUUUUGGGCUACGAACGUGCUAAGCGUAACCAAAACCCCAACACUUCUCUUAUUCAAGUAGAAGGUGUUCAGACCACCAAGGAUGCUCAAUUCUACCUCGGUAAGCGUAUUGCUUAUGUUUACAAGGCCAAGCGUGAAGUCAAUGGUUCCAAGGUCCGUGUUAUCUGGGGUCGUGUUGCUCGUACUCAUGGUACUAAUGGUGUUGUCAAAGCUCGUUUCCGUAACAACUUGCCUCCCAAGUCUUUUGGUGCUAGUGUUCGUAUUGUGAUGCUUUACCCCUCCAACAUCUAAAU